AUGUAUGUUGCUAUUCAAGCUGUACUUUCACUAUAUGCAAGUGGUCGUAUAACUGGUAUCGUACUUGAUUCAGGUGAUGAUAUUUCACAUACAGUACCAGUUUAUGAAGGUUAUGCAUUACCACAUGCUGUAAUCCGUCUUGAUUUAGCUGGAAGAGAUUUAACAGAUUAUCUAAUGAAAAUUUUAACUGAACGUGGUUAUUCAUUUGUAACAACAGCUGACCGUGACAUAGUACGUGAUAUAAAAGAAAAAUUAUGUUAUGUUGCAUUAGAUUUUGAACAAGAAAUGGCUACAGCUGCAUCAUCAGCAUUAUUAGAAAAGAGUUAUGAAUUACCUGAUGGACAAAUUAUUACUAUUGGUAAUGAACGAUUUCGUUGUCCUGAACCUUUAUUUCAACCGAGUUUUCUUGGAAUCCAAGCACCCGAGAUAGGCAUCCAUGAAACAAUAUAUAAUUCAAUUAUGAAAUGCAAUAUUGAUAUUCGUAGAGAUUUAUAUUCUAAUAUUAUUCUUUCUGGAGGCAGCACAAUGUAUCCAGGUAUAGCUGAUCGUAUACAAAAAGAAAUAACAUCAUGGGCACCAUCAACAAUAAAAAUCAAAAUAAUAGCACCACCUGAAAGAAAAUAUUCUGUAUGGAUUGGUGGUUCUAUAUUAGCAUCAUUAUCAACAUUUCAACAGAUGUGGAUUUCAAAACAGGAAUAUGAUGAAUCAGGUCCAUCAAUAGUUCAUCGAAAAUGUUUCUA